AAAGCAUCAGGCUCCGACGUCAGCGCCGUUUGAGACAUGUGGGUUUGACAUCCAAUAGACGGAUCAGGGAUUUAGUCAGCGCCUUUCUCUCAGGAGAUCCCUCCGUGAAGACCAGCGUAAAAGAACGAGGGGUUCGCCACGGCUGCAGCACCGUCAGCAGAUUGAAUUAGGACCAAGAUUUCCUCCGCAGCUGCAGCAUCACUUCACCUCCCGGACAGAAGCACCGUGUAGCGACCAUGUCUGUAGCGGGGCUCAAGAAGCAAUUCCACAAAGCCACUCAGAAAGUGAGCGAGAAGGUUGGAGGAGCAGAAGGAACGAAGCUCGAUGAGGACUUUACUGAAAUGGAAAAGAGGGUGGACGUCACUGCUCGAGCAGUGCUGGACAUCAUGACCAAGACCACCGAGUAUCUGCAGCCAAACCCAGCUACCAGAGCCAAGAUGAGCAUGAUGAACUCCAUGUCACGCAUCCGGGGUCAGGAGAAGGGCCCCGGCUACACGCAGACUGAGGCCAUCCUGGGAGAGUCCAUGCAGAGGUUUGGCAGGGAGCUUGGCGAGGAGUCUGGCUUUGGCCUUGCUCUGAUCGAUGCUGGAGAAGCCAUGCGUGAGCUCGGAGAGGUGAAGGACGCUCUGGACAUGGAGGUGAAGCAGAACUUCAUUGAUCCACUGCAGAACCUCCAUGAAAAAGAUCUGAAGGAGAUUCAGCAUCACCUGAAGAAGAUGGAGGGUCGCCGUCUGGACUUUGACUACAAGAAGAAGCGUCAGGGCAAAGUGACAGACGAUGAGAUCAAACAGGCACUCGAGAAGUUUGACGACUCAAAGGAGAUUGCUGAGCAGAGCAUGUUCAACCUGCUGGAGAGUGAUAUUGAACAGGUGAGCCAGCUGGCUGCAUUGGUCCACGCUCAGGUGGAGUAUCACAGCCGGGCUGCUGAGAUCCUCACACAGCUCUCCAGUAAGAUCGACGAACGGAUAAGGGAGACUUCUAACAAACCCAGGAAAGAGUACGCCCCAAAGCCACGUACAUCUCUGGACUUCUCCAUCAGUGAGAACCACAAUGGAGGCAUCCACAGCGCCCCGAUCUCCAGGUGAGGCCUGGAAAACGAAGCUCAGUCCCCCAUGGACCAGCCCUGCUGUCGUGCCCUGUACGACUUCGACCCUGAGAAUGAAGGUGAGCUCGGCUUCAAGGAAGGCGAUAUCAUCACCCUCACCAAUAAGAUCGACGAAAACUGGUACGAGGGGAUGCUGCACGGCAACUCAGGCUUUUUCCCCAUCAACUACGUGGACAUCCUGGUGCCGCUGCCCCACUAGGACGACACGCAACAGAUCCUGGCCUCCAGCUCUUCUCCCGCCCCUCCCAGUAUUCCCAGUAACCAUUUCCUAAACAUUCCUACUAACCACCUGUGCUCCGCUUUACGGGAGUCAAAACAGCAGCAACACAAUAAAGCGAGUGUAGAUUUGAACAAGAUUGACGAUGAAUAAAAGUAUGCACCAAGUUGAGCGUAAAAGCUUUGAAAGAAAAUGAGGAAAAAUCUGCAUUUCUAUUGCUGCUCUUCCCCCUUUUAUCCCAGGAGGUACCUUCAGGCUUCCAUACUCAUUUAUCUAUUUCUGUCCCGGCUUUUGUCUCAGUUUGAGUUGGCUGUCAGUCCGUCAUGAGUUUAUCAGAGCAGCUUUGCAAAAUCACCACUUUCUCUCAUUCACUGUAUUUUGUGGAAACCUCUACAGUAGAUAGAAGAUUUUCUCUCACGUAUUAUGAACAAGAAAAAUCAAAAAAACAAAACAAAAAACUUGGUCCAUGUGCUUCAUGUUUGUUAGACUGUAGGUCAAGCAUGGUUUCAAGUGUUUUAACAUUUUAUCUUAUAAGACAUAUGUUGAGCUGAUGUAGUUUUGUUUUAAAUAGUCCUCUCUCUAACUGUAGUCGUCCCUCGACAUGCUCUAGGGCACUUUCUGCAGAAACUACGUCCUCGUCGUGCCCUAAAAAACUCCGUCCAAAGGAGUUUUGACAAAAGCUGUAAACGGAUUCAUCAAGCCGAGAACAAAGAUUACUCGUAGUACUUAUUUUUUACAUAUCAACAUGUGCGCGUGAUCCUUCAUAUGUGAUUUAGAUACCAAAGUUACCUGUUCAAACCUGAGUAAACUGCGACAGAGGGUGUCAGCGAUUCUGUUCGAUGCGACAGGGUGAAGCUUGUAAUCUCUAGUUCUUUGGUAUUUUAUUAGGCGGGGAUGAAACUAGUAUUCUAGUACGUGACAUUACAUAUCUGAGCCAGUGAUUAGUGAAGUGACGACAUGAUUUGCAAAAACACAAGUUGUGAAGUUUAAACUGUUUGAAGUGAUGUAAGAAAACUAUGGUGCAUAAGUUUCAGUCCUCCGACAUGUAUUUUAUCUGCAGUGUGACAAAUGGUUGAUGUGUUGUGAUAUAAUAACUUAUAGGACUUAACCGCUCAACAGUUUGUUUCUGCAGCUGAAGGCGUAGCUCCUUCUGCUGCAUCCCUAGUAGUCCGAUUAGUAUUCUGUACUCUAGCUUUGUAAGUAUUAGGACGAAACCAGACGUGAGUACUUUCUAUGGAGGACAAAGGAGCGCACAAAUGGCUGAGUGGAGUGAGAUCUCAUUUCUUUUCGUCAUUGAAAUGAUGCAACUUACACUGAAAACCCCUUUUUCUUUGGUAUAUUAAAGACAAAAAGCCACAGUUUUCCCCUUUUCCACAUCGUGUCAGACCUCAGAGGAAGCUGUUGUACGUCAUGUGUUUUUUUUCCCUGACCUGCCAUAUGCUUGUAUGCAAAACUGUGUGGGAUCGUGCUCCGUCUCUUAGUGAUCUACCGAUAAUCUCAAAUCCAGCCCAGUUCUGUGUUUUAGUCGGGUUUGGUGCCGCAGUGCACACAAUGUCAACGACAUAUUAACCUUUGAGCUAAAUAGUCCGCAGCAGCAGCACUGUUUUCUCCCCCAUCUUGUAGUACUGUUGUGCGUGUAAUCCAGGGGAGGGGUGUGUUUGUGGGUUUGCAUACUGUACAUGUUAUGCACUGGGACGGGGGCACAGAGGACCUCUGAUAAUGAGGUAUUUAAGAUAUACUGUCUCUGACAGUGUUCAACAUUUAAACAAACAUGGAUGUCUCUGAUCAAAGGACCAAUAGAACUACAAUAAGCGAUGCAAAACCAACCGAUGACCCAUAUUAAGUGUUUUUUUGUUUUAAAGGGAAGCACAACUUUAACAGACGGUCCACUCUGUUGGCUGGGGAGGAAUAGCAAAACAGUCAAGAGGUCAUGUAUUUAUUAAUUUUUUAAACAAUUCCUUCCUUCUUUUUCUCUUUCACUUUUUUUAAUGUGUAUCUUUGCCCUCAAUGAGGACUGUACAGCUUUUUGUGUUUUGUUUUCACCUUGUGUGUAUAGUCCCGCAUCGACAGUAACGUAUCUUAUUUUUGUAAGUGUGACAAGAAGUAUACACAUACAGUAUAGAUGUAUAUAUACAGUAUAUCACCCAGAAGUAAUGUGACAGGAGGGAUUCUCUGUGCUGCACAUGAUUGUCUUUGGUUUGUUUUUUGUUUUCUGUUUUUUUGUUUUCUCUUAUUCUUGCACUGGAUUCUAAAACUGUACGCUUGAUGUAAAGAAAAAAAUGUGAAAAAUUAAUGUAAUUUAUUUCAAAUAAAUACCAAGAAAUGGUUA